AUGACUACAAAUUUACUGUCUUUGUCACCUGAACUCUUCCUCAAUAUCCUCCGGUUGCUUAGCUCUGCUAAGGAUCUAUACGCAGCAAUCGGAGCCUCCUCCCUCUUCUACCGGCUUCUCGCUUCCUACCAGCACUCCAUAACUGCAUCAAUCCUCCUGCGGGCGAUUCCUGCGGAGAUUGAAGCCGAUUUUCGCUCAGGAUAUCUGGCAAUACCGGAGGGCAGUGAUGACCCGUUCUCGAGCGCACCUGAGCUCGAUAUCGACGGCCUCAGAAAGAAGACCGCGGCAAUCUUCGAAGAGACCACCAUCAAGAGCCCCAGCAAUCUCCAUAUACUCAUCUCGAACCACGAGACUCUUCCAAAGAUCUGGACGUUCUACCGGAGGUUCGAAUACUUUAUCGUCAAAUAUGCCACCUCCGCGCUGCAGGAAUUGUCCCCUUCCUCCAAUAUACCCGCACUUUCCAUCUCGGAAGAGAUCCGCCUCAAACGGGCUUUCUUUCGCUGUGAGAUCUACAUCUGCCUUUUCCAAGUCUCGCAAAUGACCCAUCAUAACAUCCAUCUUCCACCUCCAACAACUGAUCCGGCAUCCACAUAUAUCAAGACGCUACGCACUUGGGAAAUCGAGCAAGUCUAUUGUGUCCUGCAGUUUUACAAGAGACUCGUCGAACAAAUAUGUGACCAGAUGGAUGACGAGUUGGUUUCACUUGUGAGGGCAAAGCAACUAGCCUACCGUCCCAGUAAGGGGGGAGAUGUGUGGCAGAAUACAGUGGGUCUGUUUCUAGACUACCACUGCCUAUUGUGGUACCAUGACUCGCAUCGAACCCUACGCCGAAGGGAACACAACGCCUACGUCGUCUCGCGGGGCACGUUGGCCAUGUGGAGAUUGACACAUAUCCCGUAUGUAGCAGCGAGAAAAAUCUUCGUCUACACGUGGCAAACUGCAUAUAAUAAACCCUCGAUUUUGUUCCAUCUGGAGUCCCUGCCCCGAUUUACUCACUCUGAACCCACCCAGGACUGCGACGGUAUCAAUGAUUUUGGUUGGCUCUGGGCAUGGGGAGCCACCGGCUACAACAGGCUAUACGGACUCCCGGGUAAUUAUGCGCUGCGGGAGCAGGGUUAUGUCUUCUGGGACAAGACGCGGCUGGAGGGAUUUCCGCCAUUCGCCGCCCCGAGGUCAAAGGAAAAGAGCUUAGAUGAGCUACCGCCGGGAUACACAGACCACGUGGAUACUCCUGGUGUCGUUGUGCGACUGGGAGACUUGAAGGUUGGUGUGCAGGUUUUUACCGAGAUCUCCGACGAAAUUCUCCAUGAGUCUCAGCCCCCAGGCACGAAAGACCACAACAAGGCUAACGAUGCUCGGGAUCCUAAGAAUGAGAAGGACAUGAACGACGAAAAGGGCGUCAAGGACGGAAAGGAACCCGGAGAUGAGAGGAAUGCCGAGGAUAAAAAGAACCCUGGGAAUACUGUUGAUGCUGAUGACAUAGAGGAUUCCGAGGAUCCUGAGGAGGCUCAGGCUCCCUAUGUGCUACGCUGGAGGGACUAA